GUAACCAAGAUCAAUGUUAGAUCUCAAGUGCUUUACUAUGUUGAUCUCCCGUUUCCGUCGACCUGGCGCAAUGACUCGUUUUACUACAGCUCGACUCAGUUGCCUCAUUUGAUCAAUUCGUUGGAAAGUUUUAUGGGCACGUUUGUCAGUUCGAACCCGGUCAUUUAUAUUGUGUUGUUCAUUCCUCCGAUGUUUAAUCGUCCACUGUAUAUAUUGGACCACGGUGGCAAGAGGGCUGAGUACAAUAGUUUUGUGGUAGCCGGCUGGGGUGGUGUGGUGGUGGACAACGAGGCCACUGCAGCACAGGCGUCCAUGAUCGCCAUAGUCAGGAACUACUUUGGACUGAAUCUACCCAAGACGGACCUCGCCAUCAAAAGAGACUCCAUACAGCCACUUUGCGAGUGGGAGGUACAGAAGUUGUUGUACCACAACAUCCGCGUCGCGGUCACUUCUCUGGAAGGCGUGCUUUCGGCUCUUGAUUCGUACGAUAUCAAACGAGCCGCCUCACUCUCUCGAACGGCUUUUUUGAACUCUGAAACCGCGUUCUUCGAUCCUUCUCUUUUGGCCCUGUUGUACUUCCCUGAUGACCAGAAGUACGCCAUAUACGUACCGCUAUUUUUGCCAGUCUGUUUGCCCGUGUUUCUGUCCGUCUUUCGAAUACUGUUUUGGAAGUCUUGA